UUCCUGACCGAAGCACUGUCGAUGACUCCUGUCUCACUCAUUUCCUCUCUCUUCCUUUGAUAGGCAGGUCCACGAGAUCCAGUCUCACAUGGGACGCCUGGAGACCGAGGACAAGCAGUCUCUGCACUUAGUAGAAAAUGAAAUCCAAGCAAGCAUUGACCAGAUAUUCAGCCAUCUAGAACGUCUGGAGAUUCUGUCCAGCAAGGAGCCCCCGAACAAAAGACAGAAUGCCAAACUUCGUGUUGACCAGUUAAAGUAUGAUGUCCAGCACCUGCAGACUGCUCUCAGAAACUUCCAGCAUCGGCGAUACGCCAGGGAGCAGCAGGAGAGACAGCGAGAGGAACUUCUGUCUCGAACCUUCACCACUAACGACUCUGACACGACCAUCCCAAUGGAUAGCUCGCUGCAUUUCAACUCCUCCCUCCAGAAAAUUCACCAUGGCAUGGACGACCUCAUCGGAGGCGGGCACAGUAUUCUGGACGGACUGAGGGCCCAGAGACUGACCUUGAAGGGGACUCAGAAGAAGAUCCUUGACAUUGCCAACAUGCUGGGCUUGUCCAACACCGUGAUGCGGCUCACUGAGAAGCGGGCUUUCCAGGACAAGUACUUCAUGAUCGGUGGCAUGCUUCUCACCUGUGUGGUCAUGUUCCUCGUGGUGCAGUACCUGACAUGAGCCAGCCCCGCCCCGCGGCUGAGCGUCGUUCCCACCGUGCGAGAGUCUGUGUGAGUGUGUGUGCGUGAAAGAGAGAGGGGGGCCUAGAGGCUGCCUUCUUAAAUGUAUGCCCUUCUUAACUGUGAAGACCACUGGGAGUCAUCGUGAUCUGUAACGUAGCGGGCGUUUCAGACCUGCUCUGUUUCCUGUAACACCUUGGAGGGGAAGCGAAUGCUACCAAGAUGCAUGGUCCUACAGAAAUGAGAGUAUCUCCUCUCGCUCUCGCUCUCGCUCUCGCUCUGUCUCGCCCUCUCUCGCCCUCACUAGGGGUGGAAGUGAUGUAAGGGUAAGGGGUGAAGAAAGAAGAGGGAGGGAAAGAAUGGUUUUGCUGUUCUUGUCCACGUAGCUGAUGCUCGCCCAGGGAAGGCUUUCAAUAGCGAGCCUUGCACAUAGGACCGUUCACUUUGGCAUCAUUUGGCCUCUCUGGCUCCUCGCGGAUAACCCAGUGCAGAAGCCAAAAGGAGGGGAGAGAGGCCUGCUUUCCUGCGUCAUUAUAACAGAUGGAUUUCCAUGCUCUUGUGCCCCCUCCCCCCAGUGACAUGCAGAUGACUAAUUGCUGGUACUUGUCACCCUUCCCUGGAAGCCACUACCUAGAGGAAACAGAGGCACCGAUGCCACUGCAGACAGCGAGUAAGAUUUUCCACAUUAGGGCCGUUGGGUGUUUCUCCGUCUAAAGCGAGGCCAGUGUUAUUCCCUGAGAUGUUCAGUCUUGAGUCUGAAGACCCCCAUCACUGAUUUUUUUCCCAGUGGUGAACAGAAUGAUUGGUUUCUGUGGUUCUAGGACUGGCCUGGCAUCCUGCCUGGGCUCUGGUGGGCCUUUGGCCCGGAGAAUAUUGCCGUGAUGUGUCCAUUACAGAAUCUCCUCUAGUUUUGGUGUCUGAUUCUUUGCUCUCUUUCCUCCCCUGAAAUCCAUUAGCAGCUGCCAGCCAAGCCCCCAUUCCACCCAGCCGGUGUGGGCUGACACCAACCUGGAGACGUCCCGGGUGUCCUGAGAGUCUCUGAUCUCAGGGACCAGGCACUUUUCCCUUCUCUGACCAACCCCAGAUUAAGGCUGUACCAGUACCUGGUGCGUUGUGGAAUUUAUCGUAAAGCCAGCCUCUCUGUUGCGAUCGAGCGCUGCGAAUCCUAGAAAGACUUGGUUAGCAUGUGUUUUCAUCUGUCACAGGCCCUACAGCCGUAGGCUCAGUGGCCUUAUGGCAAGACAAAACAAUCUCAGAAUUUCCCAGAAGAACUGGAAACCUGGUCAAUAUUAACUCCACCUGUGAUGGUCGUGCUCCGCCUACUUCGUGUGUUUAUUUUUUGUCACUUGGACUGUCUUCGGUCUUCUUUCCCUUUUCUGUGUGUCCCAUCCCACCUCCCUUAGUUACUUCCCACCUGUUGCUGGAGCAUUAUUGGUCUUUUCUGGCA